AUGAAACUUGAUCAUUCAUAUGAAGAACUUGAUGGGCUUUAUGAUUCUUCACAAGAACUUAAUGAUUCCUCACAAAAAUUUAAUUAUUUAUCACAUGACUUCUUACAAGAAUUUGAUUUCUUACAAAAGUUUAAUGAUUAUCCACAAGAACUUGGUGAUUAUUCUAAAGAUUCUAUUAUCUUAUACAAAGAGAAAAGACAAACUUUUACUUAUAAAAUUAUCAAAGAAGGCAUUUACCCACCAGUCCCUACCCUUAAAUAUACUUUAGCACCUAAUAAAUAUAAAAUACCUGACAAUUAUAUUGUAAAAACUACCUAG